AUGGACCAGACAGACCCCGCUUAUCUAGAGAGACCCGCCAAACGCGUGAGGCAGGCCUGUGAAACAUGCAGGCGCAAAAAAGCAAAGUGCCCCGGCGAGCAACCUAUUUGCUCGCUCUGUGCUAGACUCAGGCAGCAAUGCGUUUACGCGGAGGAGAGGCGUCGGCCAGCUCCAGAGGAAGCGUCCAGGAGCAACAGCGUGGCUCUGCCAGCGUCGCACACAUUGGAGGACAGGUUGAAAAGCCUAGAAGGCAAACUUGGAGCUGUCCUUGAUCAUCUUGGCUCCAAUUCGAGGAAUGGCUCUUCUGCUUCUCCCAUUCCAGCUAUGGGACCCUCCGGGACAAGCUUCUCGGCUGUCUUGCCGCCCUGGGAUGAAAUCAUGCCACUUGCAGAGUUGUAUCUGUUGUACUGCGAUUCUCAGCCACUGCCUCUAUUCCACCGGAGCAGCUUUCUGGCCAGUCUUCCAACACGCGAUGUCGAAAUCAUCUAUGCUAUAUUCGCCUUGAGCCUCCGCUUUUCGGAUACAUAUCACAAUAGCAGGGAUCUGGCGGAGCAGGUCAAUGGGUAUGCAGAAGUCGCACGCGGUCUCGUGAUGAAACGAGUUUCGGAAGGGCCCGUUGAAGUAUCAACGCUCCAGUGCUUAUGCCUGCUGAGCCUGGUUGACUUUACCAAUGGUAACACGCAUCGCUCGAGCAUUCACAGCAGUCUUGCCAUGAAUUUGGCCCAGUGCGCUAAUCUGGGUGUGGAGACUCGUCCUCCAUCAGACCCAAUAGUUCGAGAAGAGCGCCGGCGUUGCUUCUGGAGUAUAUGUCUUCUUAAGCGCCUACAUGGCGGGGAAUUUUCCACUCUAGAUUCCCCAGACGUGGGCGGUCCACCAUAUCCACAGAGUCCGUCCAGGCCUCCAAGAGUUAUGUCUCCAGGGCCAUCAGUUUCAGGGACUCGAAGAAGCACGAUCCAGGACCAGGGAAUUAAUGCAUAUGUGAUAAUGCUAAGUGAGGCAUUUGCCCGAACUGCGAAAUACGUGCAGCUCCGAGGAAGACCCAGCAACGUCCCGCCGUGGUCUCCUGACUCCGAGUACUCCAAAAUUCUUGCCAUACAGAUGGAAAUGGAAACACGCAUGCCUCUCACACAUCGGUACAAACCCGCAAAUCUCAGCGACAGGUCGCUGGAAGAACUUCAGGCGCAUCGGGAGUACUGGGGACCCUGGUUCCUAAACCAAUUCAUAUAUCACACCAUCCUAUGCCUUUUGAAUCACCCACUCCUCCUAUCUCUGAGUUUACGCACUUUCCGAAGCACCAUUCCGGAAAUUUUCCUCCAACACACCUCAGACCUGAUCUCCUCGCACACAACCUGGAUCAUCCACUUCAUCAACUACUUCGAAGAAAAGUCAUUCCUAGUCUCCGACCCGCUGCUAGGCUACAGCGCCGCAGUAGUAGCAACCAUCGAGCUCCAGCUGAGUUUCACCGAUAACCCCACAAUCCGCGAACAAAAGCGCGAAAGAUUCACCCAAUGCGUGCAAUUCGUCCAAAGAAUUGGACAAAGAUGGCCACACAUGGCCCGCCUAGCCCGACGACUUCAACACCUCGAAGACGCCGUCUCAGCCACCUACCAACCAGACCCGGACACAGAGAACCAAAGCCUUCUCAUCGACCUAUCCCGCUUCUGGGAGAUCUUAGAAUAUUCAUCCAAUAACGACACAGAUUCGGCCCGUCGCUUAUUCGGCGACUCCCUUUGUACAGGUCCGCCGCCUGUAGCCGCGGAGGUCUCGCAAACCUCGCCCCUACCCGCCCCGAGCCGGUUGGAUGCGUCGGAUGAGCAUUCAUCGUCGGGAGUACAACAUCAGAGCUUCGGAGCGGGGACCGGGACCGGGACGGAUACUGCAUUUGCUGGGACACAGGAUUAUUCAACGAGUGGACUACUCUCGCCGCAGCAACUAACGCUGUCGAAUGAUGAUUUUUCAAUCCUGGCGUCGAAUUUUUUUUCACAGGGACAGGAAUUUCUUAGGAGUGGAGAAAAUUGGGAUUCUGUUGGGAAUUUCUGA